CACUCUUGAGCAAUUAUCUGAUUUCUGUAGAAUUCAUAAUGGCUAGCACUGUUGCAGCGAGAGGCAUCCCUUUGCCUACGGCACUGUCUUCGCUCACCCCUUCUUCUGAUUCCAGGCUCCGAGGAAGUCACAAUGCCUCGACAUCGAAUUCCAGCCGGCUCUCACGCUGCAUUGUAGUCCGAGCAUCACAGCAGCAGCAGAAUGUUGGCGACUUGCUGGAAAAGACCAAGAAGAAGAUCACCCGAGAAAGUGUGGAGAAGCAUCAGGAAGGGACCAAGUCGGAGAGCCCAGAAAACAUCCCACUCUCGAUUCCCCAAUCCCAGGCUCAGAGUCCCGACUGGAGCUACCCGCGACCCGAGGUAGAGCGCAGGCCCGAAACUGGUGCCAGAGACUUCGGAAGCUUGAUGGCAUUUGAUGGCCCUGGACCGGAGACGAUCAAUGGCCGACUGGCAAUGCUAGGUCUCGUCUGGGCAUUCGUCGCUGAGAAGUUGACGGGGGAGACAGUCGCACAGCUGCUGUACGCACCCGGGAACAACGGACUGUUCUACUACUUUGCAAUGGUGCAGCUCUUCAUGUACGCGUCAUUGGUGACCAUGUUCAACGGCGAGAGUCCGGACAGCAGAGCGAUUGGACCUUUCACAGCCAAAGCCGAGCGGUGGAAUGGCCGGCUCGCCAUGAUGGGCUUCCUAAGCCUGGUUGUCAACGAGGCCUUUAUCAACACCCCGGUCUUCAACCUCCACAUGUAAAUUCAGUGUGUACAUAGCCUAGUACCUUGUUUGAAGAGACCAAAUUGAUUA